UUGACCCGAGCUUGCCAGCGUGGGCUGGCCAUGCAUGACAGCCCGCCGGCGCCGGCGACAAAACCGCCGGUCGCAUUCAGAGCGCCCGACUUCUUCACGGCUGGGUCGUCGCGUUGCGUGUUCGUGCCCGCGGGCUUUUCUGAUCGGGCGCGGCCGGAAGGCGCGGGCGCCGUCCAUGGCGUGGAAUUUCAAAAUUUUCGGUGGCGGCCGGCGUCAGGCGGCGGGUGAUGGUGAGAGUUGCAUGCUGGAUGGAUCUGCAGAGGGCUUGGAUCUGACUGCGUCGCACGGCCAUCUGUACUCUGUGGCCGUUGUUUUCCUUUCGAUGAUCCAUUUUCUAGCCACUUCGUGUGCAGCAGUGGAGUCUGUUGGCGAGAUGAAAGGAUUCCGAGUUGAUGCAGCUAGCCCGAUCACGAUUCAAGGAAGUCUAUGCGUUGGCAAGGAAGCCCGCGGCCGUUGCCUAUGGAAGGCGACGUCUUUUUUGGUGUCGAGCAUGUGUGCCCUUGGGGCUCUUGUUCUGUUUGAUAUUCCUAUGUUAGUACUCAGCCUAUGUUGGAGGCUUUAUUAAUUUAAAGUCGGACGCUUCUCACGACUUCGUUCUAAAAGAGCAUUUCCCAAAA